AAAAUUGUCAACGCGAGAACUACAUAAAUGAAAAAUUCGCAACAACAAUUUAAACGACUGUUCGGGGGGCGCGGUUAGUCGUGAUGACGUCACGUGAAAUCUCCAGCCCUAUAAAAGUCAUGGCCAAUUUUGUGGAGCAGUUGGACAUCCCGGACUUUGUGAGCGAUCGCGGCGAAGAGGCCCUUAAGUACAGCCCGAGGGUGAACGUCCACUUUGGGACCGCCGCGAUCAAAACUCAUCUAAAUCAGGCGUCCCAAUACCUGAUCUUGCUUCUCAACGGGGAACAAGUCAACUUUAAAGAGCGCCAAGAUACCAUCCCUCUCAAGGUGUACCAUUUGAGCCGCAGAUUGCUCGGGAACCCUGGCAGCGUGAUUAGGCGGGUCACAUUUACGCCUCAGGAUGGUCCGCUCAACUAUGACUAUCUCCCGCAAGAACAACGAGAAGCCAUCAGGAGAAACCCCUCUGAUGGAAAGCUGUACGCCCUGUUCAUCGUCGCCGUCACUAACGGCAUCAAAUACGACGGGGCUUUAAGUCUGGAGGCUCUCUCUGACCUGAUACGCUAUGAGCAGGAACGCAGAGCCGCGUUGCAGGCUUAGUUCUCCUACACAUCCAAAGUCCGACGAAGCCCAACAAAAGCCUCUAUAACAAAAAGCCGUUUUUACCGCCUGAUUCUUCGAAGUACAAAAGCCCAAACCUCAUAUCCGUAGCUGACGAAGAGUGACCUGCAGAUGCAGACACCAAAACAGCAGACCUUGAAAUACACUUUUAUUCUGCAAAGUUCAAUUUAAACCAAUAUGCUUAUAUUCAUUCAAUGUCUUAUCUCUCGAUUCCUAUAUGACCUCAAAAAUAUAAAUUUAAUAAUUCUUUGAGAAAAUAAGUGUUUCGUUUGUGCCAUACACUGGCUAUGAUUGAUUGAGAUUGAGAGACAUGCUGGAUAUCUAAAUUUUGAUUCAGCCAAAUAUUCUGCAAUGAGUGGCGACUCUGAACAAAGUGAGAGCACUCCUAAGAGGGGUCUAAUACCUCCACCCCUUGACGCUGCCAAGACACCAAACGACCAGCCGGUGGUCUUGGAUGAUGAAUUCAGUCCAAUCGAGCUCUUUCCCUAUUCGCACAAACGCAAUCGGCACCGAU